UGGUUUUACCUUUUCCGGGAGUCUCCAGCUGGCCCUCAUUUGUGUCAGGCGCUUAGGAGUUCCCAAGUCGACUCAGUCGCACCAAGUUUCCAUCUUUUGGAAUUGGAGAAGGAAUUUCUUUCUUUUCUUUUUCUGUCUCUUUUUUUUUUUUUUUUUUUGAGCCAGUUUUAAUGGCUUUGAAUAAAUACUCCCUUAAGUAGUUAAAUAUAGGAGGAGAAAGAAUACGUCGGUUGUUAAAGCGGGAGAGGAGGAGAGACCUGCCCUAUAGCGUGACUCCUCUAGAAAAAAAAACAAACCAGAGUAUUUUACUAAACCCCUAAAAUGUCGAGAUUUGUACAAGAUCUUAGCAAAGCAAUGUCUCAAGAUGGCGCUUCUCAGUUCCAAGAAGUCAUUCGGCAAGAGCUAGAAUUAUCUGUGAAGAAGGAACUAGAAAAAAUACUCACCACAGCAUCAUCACAUGAGUUUGAGCACACUAAAAAAGACCUGGAUGGAUUUCGGAAGCUAUUUCAUAGAUUUUUGCAAGAAAAGGGGCCUUCUGUGGAUUGGGGAAAAAUCCAGAGACCCCCUGAAGAUUCGAUUCAACCCUAUGAAAAGAUAAAGGCCAGGGGCUUGCCUGAUAAUAUAUCUUCUGUGUUGAACAAACUAGUGGUGGUGAAACUCAAUGGUGGUUUGGGAACCAGCAUGGGCUGCAAAGGCCCUAAAAGUCUGAUUGGUGUGAGGAAUGAGAAUACUUUUCUGGAUCUGACUGUUCAGCAAAUUGAACAUUUGAAUAAAACCUACAAUACAGAUGUUCCUCUUGUUUUAAUGAACUCUUUUAACACGGAUGAAGAUACCAAAAAAAUACUACAGAAGUACAAUCAUUGUCGUGUGAAAAUCUACACUUUCAAUCAAAGCAGGUACCCGAGGAUUAAUAAAGAAUCUUUACUUCCUGUAGCAAAGGACGUGUCUUACUCAGGGGAAAAUACAGAAGCCUGGUACCCUCCAGGUCAUGGUGAUAUUUACGCCAGUUUCUACAACUCUGGUUUGCUUGAUACCUUUAUAGGAGAAGGCAAAGAGUAUAUUUUUGUGUCUAACAUAGAUAAUCUGGGUGCCACAGUGGAUCUGUAUAUUCUUAAUCAUCUAAUGAACCCACCCAAUGGAAAACGCUGUGAAUUUGUCAUGGAAGUCACAAAUAAAACACGUGCAGAUGUAAAGGGCGGGACACUCACUCAAUAUGAAGGCAAACUGAGACUGGUGGAAAUUGCUCAAGUGCCAAAAGCACAUGUUGAUGAGUUCAAGUCUGUAUCAAAGUUCAAAAUAUUUAACACAAACAACCUAUGGAUUUCUCUUGGAGCAGUUAAAAGACUGCAGGAGCAGAAUGCCAUUGACAUGGAAAUCAUUGUGAAUCCAAAGACUUUGGAUGGAGGCCUGAAUGUCAUUCAGUUAGAAACUGCAGUAGGGGCUGCCAUCAAAAGUUUUGAGAAUUCUCUAGGUAUUAAUGUGCCAAGGAGCCGUUUUCUGCCUGUCAAAACUACAUCAGACCUCUUGCUGGUGAUGUCAAACCUCUAUAGUCUUAAUGCAGGAUCUCUGACAAUGAGUGAAAAGCGGGAAUUUCCUACAGUGCCCUUGGUUAAAUUAGGCAGUUCUUUUACAAAGGUUCAAGAUUAUCUAAGAAGAUUUGAAAGUAUACCAGACAUGCUUGAGUUGGAUCACCUCACAGUUUCAGGAGAUGUGACAUUUGGAAAAAACGUUUCAUUAAAGGGAACGGUUAUCAUCAUUGCAAAUCAUGGUGACAGAAUUGACAUCCCACCUGGAGCAGUAUUAGAGAACAAGAUUGUGUCUGGAAACCUUCGCAUCUUGGACCACUGAAAUGAAAAAUACUGUGGACGCUUUGAUAAUGGGGCUAGUUUCUUACAAUGAAAUGUUCUCUAGGAUUCUAAAAUAGGCAGGUACUUUACUAUGUUACUGUACCCUGCAGUGUUGAUUUUUAGAGUUUUCUGCAGUAUGCUUUUAGUCUAAGAAAAGCACAGAUGGAGCAAUACUUUCCUUCUUUGAAGAGGAUCCCAAAAGUUAGUUCAUCUUAAAGUGCAAUAUUGUUUAAUCUUAAAACUGGGGCAACUCUGGAAGAUAUUUUAACAGAAGCCUCAAUGAUGGUCACAUUGAAUUGCUUGUCAUUUCAGAAAUAAAGCAGUGAAGCAAUA